CGUUAAGAAGGGCGGAAGGAGUUUUGUGUCUUACAGGAAGAAGAUUGUUUCCGAAAGUAGUUUUUGUUCCAUCUAUUCAACAUCUUCACUGCUAAACCGUUGAGCUGCAGUCCUGGAAAUCAUCUAAAUGAUUAGAUUAAUGCAGUCAACGGUUUUAAAUCACAACUAUGACAGGUUAAUAGUUAAAUUAUACUUCGCGGGAGCGGGUUUGUAGUCGUAAAGAGAUGCACGUGGAUUGGAAGGUGUUCAUCACACCAGCAGCAGCUUGAGCUGAUGAUGCUCCAUUGAUUUAUGUGGUGGAUGCUGAUCCGGAGGCUCGUCAGAGGUGGAGAUUCAUCAGACCAGGUAAGAGCAGAGCAAAGAGAUGGCCAUCGCCCAUGUGGCUACAGAGUACGUGUUCAGCGACUUUUUGCUGAAGGAGCCAAACCCGGCUCGAAUCCGCAGCGUUCGAACGGAGCUGGCUCUGGACAAGAUGGUGACCUGUGUGGCAGUGGGGCUGCCUCUCCUCCUCAUCUCACUGGCCUUUGCUCAAGAAGUCUCAGUUGGUACUCAGAUCAGCUGUUUUUCUCCCACUAACUUCUCCUGGAGACAAGCUGUUUAUGUGGAUUCAUACUGCUGGGCAGCUGUUCACACACACUCUCUAUCUCUGUGGCUGCAUAAGUUCUUUCCCUACAUCCUGCUGUUGGUGGCGGUGCUGAUGUACACCCCGGCGUUAUUCUGGAGGUUUUCUGCUGCUCCUCUCCUUCAGUCGGAUCUUGGCUUUAUCUUGGAAGAGUUGGACCGGUGUUAUAACCGUGCUGUCACUUUGGCCAAACGCAUGGCCACCUCAGGACUGCUUACCUCAGACAGCGACCCCACCGAGGGCUGUUUUAAUUACCCGCUGGUAGAGAAGUUUCUGAUGACCAAGCGCUGCUCGAGGGUGCUGCUGUUUUACUACCUGCUGUGUCGCAGCCUGACUCUGGUCACCCUGCUGUGUGCCUGCAUCUACCUGGGUUGCUACCUCCGCCUGGCAUCCGUCACGGAUGAGUUUGACUGCCCGCUGCGAGUUGACCUGAUCACCUCCAACUCCAGCAUCCCAGCAAAGGUGCCGUGCAAGCUCAUCGCUGUGGGAGUCUUCUCGCUGCUGAGCUUCGUCAACUUGGUAUUGUUCGUUGGACUGAUUCCAGUAGUAAUCUAUGCCAGCCUCCGCCCCUUCCUCUGCUAUGGAUACGCCCGCUUCCUGGAAACUUACCAAUCACUGCCCACUGUAAGCGUCCUACCCACUCCCAGCGGCCAAUGGGAUGACCUCGCCCUGUACCUGCUUUUUCUGGAGGAGAACGUCAGCGAGUUGAAGUCAUACAAAUACAUCAAGGUGUUAGAGAUGUUGAAGAGACGAGGUGAAUGCUCUGAAGAAAACUUCGACGCCAUGGGUCUGCUGCAGACUCUCUGCCUGGUAAAGAUGGACAGCGUGGAUGGGCGCAAAGCCACGGCUGCUGAAGAAAAGCCGGAUCAAGUAACAAUCAAUGCAUCUGAUGCAGCAGCCAAUGAGGGAGCAGAUAAGAAUGGAGUCGAUUGGCCAAACUCUGCCACUGGAAAUGAAACCAAGAUGGAAAUGGAGUUGAAAGAGCUCAGUCCGCUGCUGCCAGGAAACAGUGACGCAAAAGGCAGCAGAGCCUCGGAGGGUGGAGCUCUUCGGCAGCGAGCGAUGUGAUUGGCUGCACUUGAGUCAAACUUCAUCACCUCCAUGACCAGAUGGAGGGGUUAAAGAUUGAAUGUCUAAGCUUUGUCUCGUCAUCAACGUCAGACCUAAGUGUUUUUUGUGAGUUGGUGAGGAAGUGAGCAUUUGGGUGAUGGAAAGGCUGAAGCAUAAACUGUUUUUGUGAAUGUUAAACUACUAAAAAAACAAAAAUGUGACUGCUCAGCCAUUUGAAUCAUAGACAAUAAAAUAAGGUACCUACAGCAGAACUGACGAAGAUUAUUCUUGAAAACAAAUCAUCAGUGUUCAGAUGUGAAACGUGUUUACACAGCUGUCAGGGGUCUGUGUUUUUUCUUUUCUCUUCAGUGAUUAGACCAGGCCCCAUGCAGGGUGGGGAAUAGUUUGACUGUGUUCCUUCCUGCUGACUUCUGAUCCAUGAGAACAGCUGAUGUUCAGGUCUGGUCCAGCUGUAAUGUAAAUAAAAUGGAGAACUCUGAUAGUCUAGACACUGCCUGUGAGGACGACUUUUUUACGGACGUUGUUCAGACUUCAGUGACAUUGGUGUUUAAAUCAGUGCUGCAGUAGUUCUGUCCGUCUGUCCAGCUGUAAUCCAGUUAUCUCAUGUCUGCUGUCUGUCUCGGCUCCUGUGAGGGAGAAACUGCUGCAUUUAAACUUGACAUCUAAGGAUACGCACAUAUAUGCUACAUAACAGUUAAAACUCUUCUUAUUGAGUUGCAAAAGACCACAAAAAGACUCUAAUUCUUCUUUUCAUGGCCCCUGUAAUUAAAGGUAUGUUUAUUACAUGCCAGAUUACACUCUGGGAUAUAUUUGUGAGAUGGCUUGCUUGUUGCCUAAACCAGUGAGAUAUUUGAUGUGGAGGGAUUUUAGCAUGAGCACGGUGUCACGAUAGACAAAAAUCAUAACUGAAACAAAACAAAAAAAAGUGACAAUGAAAUCUGCUUAUUACAACGUUUAAUUCAGUUUGUGGUGUAAAAUUGUGACAAAAAAAAAUGCAGUCUUGUAUUUUUAUUUGCACUUUCUUUGUGGGAGAUUGUAUUAUUUUACGAGAUUGUCGGUCACAUUUCAGCACGACACCACCCAUGAUGUGAUUUGGGAGUAAAGAACGACCAGAUAAAACAUCCUGCGGUCAAAAAUGUCCCUAUGUGUCCGGUACAUGAUCUUCUCAAUUUUUUAAUCAUUAUUUUCAGAAACUAAAUGGAAACCUGAUUUUCCUGCUGUUUUGUUCAAAUGUGGAUGUUUGUUUACAAUUAGUGAUGGAUAAAGAUAGUUUUUUCUUUUCUUAGUGUAACAUUUCUCUUUUUUUUUUAAUAGAAAUAUUCAUGGUGUUCAUUGCUUAAUGUUUUACAAGUGUAUGUAUUCUCAAACAAGACAAAAGUUUAUCAGAACAUGAAAAUCACCAAAGAUCAUAUCCAGCCGGUGCCUUUAGCUUUAAGGAAUGUUUUUGGGAUGUUUGCAUUUCUCAGAAGUUUAUUGUUGAUGAUUCUCAGGGAAACAUCUGGAGACAUUGCAGAUGAUUCUCAGUUAUUUACUUCAAACUGUGUAAGUUUAGUCGUUUCCUCUUCAGCGUAAUCUGAGAUGUCAGUGGUACAGUCUUCUCUUUAUGCUACUUUAGUGUCUUUUAUUUCUUUGUUUUUCAUACAGUGACAUGCAAAUUGUUAUUGGGUCUCCUUUUUUUUGUAAAAUUUGUAAAGAGAAGCUGUAAACUUUUGUAGUGUUGUUCAGUUUGCUGUUUGGUGGCUGCUUGUUUUUGUAGAACAAAAUUAGUAAAAAAAUAAAGAUGGUGGAUAUACAUGAA